AUGGAUUUCAAGAAGCAAAUAUUUAGUACAAGCAAUUCAACAACUCAAAACAUAAGGUUAGGUAGAAGCUACACAAAACCACAUGAUAGAACAAAAUCAGCGUGGCAAAUGCUUUGGAGAAAGCUUAAAAGAGACAAGAAGAAAAUCUUUGGUUCAAGUCCAAGAAUGGAAUUAGGUGUUUAUGAUGAAGAAUCAUACUCAAAGAAUUUUGAUAAAGGAAGUGGGUGGAUGGAGCCAGAUAAUCUUCAUCGUUCUUUCUCUUCUAGGUAUGCUCACCCAUCUAGGAUCUUACCACCAAGACAUUUAUUGGAUUAG